AUGUUGUCUGCAACAGACCAAUUCACUACACGCGUAUACAACAUAGCUGUCUUACCCGGAGAUGGAAUCGGCCCUGAGGUAAUGGACGAGGCUGUCAAGAUCCUUAAGAAGGUAGAAGAGCUUUUAAGCCACAGUCAUGACUGCUGCACCCACGCAGCGUCUUCAUCGCCGCCUCAUGGCUCGCUUGAGGAGCUCCCCUCUGUACGCUUUAAUCUCGUCUAUGGCUUGGUUGGGGGGGCAGCAUGGGAAAAAUAUGGAUCACAUCUACCAGAAGAAACUAUCCAACUGGUCGAUCGCUCUGAUGCAGUUUUAUUCGGGAGUGUUGGGGGGCCAGUGAAUGCAGCAGACGAUCCGAAAUGGAAAGACGCUGAACGCAAUUCUCUUCUUGGGUUGCGGGAACAUCUUUCCCUUGGCGUCAACGUGAGACCAGCUGUGGUGUUUUCUUCGAUGAAACAUUUGAGUCCCUUGAAGAAUGAGCGAAUAGCGAAGGGAGUCGAUCUGCUUGUUGUUCGAGAAUUGUUGGGUUGCGUUUAUUUUGGAGAGCAUAGAACAGAAGGUGACGUCGCAACAGACGUGAUGCGAUACACAAAGGCCCAAAUUGUUAAGGCCUUGGAAUUCGCGUUUCAAGUCGCCCAACUUCAACCAAGCAAAGAAAGGCGCAAGGUCACUGUUGUUGAUAAGGCUAACGUGCUUGACUGUUCGCGUUUAUGGAGACGCACUGCGAUGGAAGUUAGAAGAGGAUUCCCAGAUGUGCGCUUGGAGUUCAUGUACGUUGACACCGCUGCGUUGCAGUUGCUUCUGAAUCCAUGUUCGCUGUCUGUUAUCGCGACGGGUAACCUCUUCGGCGACAUUCUCUCCGAUUUAGCAAGCGGGCUUCCCGGCUCACUCGGAUUGAUGCCAAGCGUCUCAUUCGGGUCUAAAAUUCAUCUUUACGAACCUGCAGGAGGCUCCGCGCAGGAUAUUGCGGGAAAAAAUCAGGCGAAUCCAGUCGCGCAAAUUCUAUCAAUGGCAAUGAUGCUGCGAUACUCGUUCGGCCUGGAUUUGAUCGCAACUGGCGUCCAGAAAGCAGUCGAAGAAGUCAGUUCUUAUAGAGAUAUCAUUAAUUGA